AUGAAAAAGUCUCAAAAUGAGAAAGCAACUUACAAUGAACUUCGUGCUGAAAAUGAAAGACUCCGCAAUGAGAACAUCCAGUUGAAGGAACAAUUGGAGAAUACUCUUUGCAUAACAUGUGGUCGUCCAUUUUGUAAGAAUCAUGAAAACAUGGAACAACUUUGUCUUGAAAAUGCUCGUCUCAAAGAAGAGUCUCAAAAUGAGAAAGCAACUUACAAUGAACUUCGUGCUGAAAAUGAAAGACUCCGCAAUGAGAACAUCCAGUUGAAGGAACAAUUGGAGAAUACUCUUUGCAUAACAUGUGGUCGUCCAUUUUGUAAGAAUCAUGAAAACAUGGAACAACUUUGUCUUGAAAAUGCUCGUCUCAAAGAAGAGUCUCAAAAUGAGAAAGCAACUUACAAUGAACUUCGUGCUGAAAAUGAAAGACUCCGCAAUGAGAACAUCCAGUUGAAGGAACAAUUGGAGAAUACUCUUUGCAUAACAUGUGGUCGUCCAUUUUGUAAGAAUCAUGAAAACAUGGAACAACUUUGUCUUGAAAAUGCUCGUCUCAAAGAAGAGUCUCAAAAUGAGAAAGCAACUUACAAUGAACUUCGUGCUGAAAAUGAAAGACUCCGCAAUGAGAACAUCCAGUUGAAGGAACAAUUGGAGAAUACUCUUUGCAUAACAUGUGGUCGUCCAUUUUGUAAGAAUCAUGAAAACAUGGAACAACUUUGUCUUGAAAAUGCUCGUCUCAAAGAAGAGUCUCAAAAUGAGAAAGCAACUUACAAUGAACUUCGUGCUGAAAAUGAAAGACUCCGCAAUGAGAACAUCCAGUUGAAGGAACAAUUGGAGAAUACUCUUUGCAUAACAUGUGGUCGUCCAUUUUGUAAGAAUCAUGAAAACAUGGAACAACUUUGUCUUGAAAAUGCUCGUCUCAAAGAAGAGGUUGUUCGUGAUCCUGCAUUGGAGCUGUUGGUGUUGAAGAAAAAAUGGUAG